UGCUCCCGAGAGCUGCCUGCACAGGUGAUGGGAUGGUGAGUGAGAAUGAGGAGGAGAAACCCCAGCAGGAAGAUGCUGAACAAGUAGAACCACAUGGAACAUUAGCAGGAAGAUCCAAAGGGAAUGUUUCCGGGAGUUGUGCACUCCCAGAAAAAGCGAAAGACUGUGAGACUCAGCACAGGCCAGAGGAAAACUUCAGUAGCCACUCAGACCUUAUUAGAGGCAAGAGAAUCAACCUGGACGAGACACGCUACAGAUGCCAUAAGUGUGGGAAAAGCUUCAAUCGGAGCUCAACCCUUCUCACACAUUGGAGAACCCACACUGGAGAGAAACCCUACACGUGCUCUGAGUGCGGGAAAAGCUUCAAUCGGAGCUCUGCCCUGAUCACACAUCAGACAAUCCACACGGGCGAGAAACCUUAUGAAUGCUCUGAGUGUGGGAAACGCUUCAUUGAUAGUUCAACUCUCAUCUCACAUCAGCGAAUCCACACAGGAGAGAUGCCCUACACAUGCUCUGAGUGCGGGAAAAGCUUUAAUCAGCACUCACACCUUAUCACACAUCAGAGAAUCCACACAGGAGAGACGCCCUACACAUGCUCUGAGUGUGGGAAAAGCUUCAAUCAGAGCUCUGCCCUGAUCACACAUCAGAGAAUCCACACAGGAGAGAUGCCCUACACAUGCUCUGAGUGUGGGAAAAGCUUCAAUAAGAGCUCAAACCUUAUCACACACAGGAGAAUCCACACAGGAGAAAAACCAUAUGGAUGCUCUGAGUGUGGGAAACGCUUCAUUGAUAAUUCAACCCUCACCUCACAUCAGCGGAUCCACACAGGAGAGAAGCCCUACACGUGCUCUGAGUGUGGGAAAAGCUUCAAUCAGAGCUCAAACCUUAUCAAACAUCAUAGAAUCCACACAGGAGAGAUGCCCUUCACAUGCUCUGAGUGUGGGAAAAGCUUUAGUCAGCACUCACAACUUAUCUCACAUUGUAGAAUCCACACAGGAGAGAAACCCUACACAUGCUCUGAGUGCGGAAAACGCUUCCGUUAUAGCUCAGCCCUUACCACACAUCAGAGAAUCCACACAGGUGAAAAACCGUAUGGAUGCUCUGAGUGUGGGAAACGCUUCAUUCAUUGUUAAGCCCUC